AUGUUUUCUAAAAUUUUCGCCGUUGCUGCUUUCGUAGCCGUCGCCAAAGCUGGCGUAUUAGAUUACUCUCAUGGACAUGCUUCUUCCUAUUCCUCCGUGAGUGCUCCUUUGGUAGCUCAUUCUGCUCCUUUGGUAGCUCAUUCUGCUCCAGUGUUCGCACAUGCUGCUCCUGUUGUACAUGCCGCCCCUGUUGUAGCUAAAUAUGCCGUUCCAGCAUACUCCCAUGGUCAUGAUCACGAAAAUGUAGACUAUCACGCUCAUCCAAAAUACGAAUACAACUAUGGAGUUCAAGAUCCUCACACCGGUGACCACAAAACCCAACACGAAGUUCGUGAUGGUGAUGUAGUCAAGGGAUCCUACACCGUUGCUGAGGCCGACGGUACUCUUAGGACUGUACACUACACUGCUGAUGACCACAAUGGUUUCAACGCAGUUGUAGAAAAAUCUGGACAUCCUGUGCACCCAGCUCCAGCUCCAGCUAAGCUUUUGGUAUCUGCUCCAUCCCAUUAUGCUCAGCCCCAUUAUGCUGAACCUCACUACUACCAUCAUUAG